AUGGAUAAACUCAAGUACAGCCGCUGUCCGCUCAAGAAGCGUCCGAUAAUGGUGGAGGAGUCCUGCCCAGAGGAUCACUUAAGUCAUGAUGAAGGACCCGUCGAUUUGAGUGUGGCCUCAGCUGCAGUUCCAUUGGAACCCCAUUGGAUGGCCAAGGCGGAGCCGGAACCCCAAACAGUUCCUACGGAGCUGAGACGCCGCUUCGAUGCCGCCAUGAGUCAGACCAAAGAGCAGUUGGCUCGUCGGAUUUGGGAGGAAACCCGAGAGAUAGCGCGGGCUUUUCCCGAUGUUUUUACCCGCGAGGAAAUCGCCAAGAGUCUGGCUCGCCUAGGCUACGGAGAAUUCGAGUUGCCGCCGGAGGAGGAGGUUAUGGAACCGGAACCGGAGCCAGAACAGCAAAUCCCCCUAGGCUAUGCCAGAGAAGCUAAUCCAAACACCAUUAUCAAAGUGGAACCCACUGAGCAGGAGCAUUUUCCCCUACGAAACUACAAUAAUAACCUACUCAAGAGCAUAGCCGAGUAUGAGGAUUGUAUGAAAAUGCAGACUAUUAAGGAAGAGAUAGCUCCGGUUCCCCCACCCCAAAUGUACUAUCCACCCCCCACUCCUCUGGCCGAACCCGAAGAUCUCUCGGUGACCCAGAGGAGGGUCCUAAGUGAGAAUAUGAAUCUGCAGAAUGUGGCCAGAGCUUUGCUCAGCAUGCAGCACAUGGCUCCCCAGCAGCAUCCUCCACCUCCGCAGGACAUGGAGGAGGAUCAGGAGAACCAGGACCUCAACCAGCUGAAGAUCAAGAGCAGCAAUGAUCUGUACUACCAGUGCCAGCAGUGCAACAAGUGCUAUGCCACCUAUGCAGGAUUGGUUAAGCAUCAGCAAACACAUGCCUACGAGAGCACAGAGUACAAGAUCAUCAGGAGUCAGCCUGGAGGAUCAGGUGCCAUAGUGGAUCAAACCGAGUUCUGCACGGAUCAGGCUUCGGCCUUGAUCCAGGCAGCCAAUGCAGCAUCGGCGCAGAGCAUGCAGAAGCCAGUGGGAGUACCAAGAUAUCAUUGCCAGGAUUGCGGAAAGAGCUAUUCUACCUAUUCGGGUCUGUCCAAGCACCAGCAGUUCCACUGUCCUUCGGCGGAAGGCAACCAGGUGAAGAAGGUGUUUAGCUGCAAGAACUGCGACAAGACCUAUGUGUCCUUGGGAGCUCUCAAGAUGCACAUUAGGACCCAUACGCUGCCCUGCAAGUGCCCCAUUUGCGGCAAGGCCUUCUCGCGACCCUGGCUGCUCCAGGGUCACAUCCGCACCCACACGGGGGAGAAGCCCUUCAGCUGCCAGCACUGCAAUCGAGCCUUCGCCGAUAGGUCCAAUCUCCGUGCCCACAUGCAGACCCACUCGGAUGUGAAGAAGUACUCCUGCCCCACCUGCACCAAGUCCUUUUCGCGCAUGUCCCUGCUGGCCAAGCACCUUCAAACUGGCUGCCAAAAUGAGCAGGGUGGAGGAGGUCCCAGUGGGUCAGCAGGUGGCUUCGACCAGCAGCAGCUCCAGCAGCACCUCCAGGGCUACGAGGAGGGUCACAAUCCUCACCAGGUUUACUAUGCCGGCAGUGUGGGCAGCAGCAACGGUGAGGAGGAGGAGGGCGGGGACUAUCCUAUUCCUCCCCCGCAGGUCAUCUAUUAA